GUUCCGGUGGUGACAAAGAUACAGACGCAGAAAAGUUACAAAUUAGAACUUUGGAGGAGGCUUUUCAGCGAAUUCGCGAGGCGACAGGCGAAGACAGCAUUGACGUCAUUGUCAAAAAUUUCAUCCGGCGAGAAAACGAAAAUUUUGCUCUCUUCAAAUACGUCAACGAAAUCAGUGACGAGGUGGAGCUAUUGCAGGACGACAUCCACUCCAUGCAGAAGGAAAUUAAGCAGUUUGAGAAAGACGACAUCAAAAACGAGGGUGUUCGCGCUCAAAUGCUUAAAGAUCUGGAGGAAAAGAGCGAAAAAAUUCGGGCCCAAAAGGAAGCUGCCGAAAAGAAGAAUGUUCUGGUGAACAAAGUUUUAGACGAGCUGCGGAGUGGGGUGGGGCAGCUGUUCCGAGCCAUCCAGUGUGACUCGUCUGUCAUCAAGGACAUGCUCGGGAGUGACGACAGAGUCACUAACAAAAACAUUCUACAGUACAUGGGCAUCAUAGAACAGAAGACCAUGGAGCUCCUGCAGGCCCAGCAGUACCUCCAUAUGAAGCUGAAUCCGCCAAAACAGGAAAAGAAAGGUGAACCCACACCCCCAGUGAACGCGCAAGCCCUGAAAUUGGACCUAACGCCUGUUGUAUCUAUACAGCCCCCUACCGCAGGUGAUGAUGAUGAAGUGUUUGAUUAUGUGGAGGAGUUGGACCUUCGACCUUUGACCCAGGAAGAACUUCGGAGAGCCAUUAUUAACAAAGUCACCCGGAAAUCAACUUGUAUGCGUCUGUACAAUCAAACUCCAAUUCGCCGUUCUCGAUCUCCAAGAACACAAUAA